AUGCCUGUCGCCAAGUUGAAGCAGGUAGGCUCUCUCCAUGUCUUCGUGUACUUCGUCUCUUCGGCAGCGCUGGCGGUGCUGCUCUCGGCGUCCUGGCAAUGGCUAGCUGCGGCACCCACCCGGCCUGCCCGCAUGCGCCUGUUCAUGCACGACGUGCUCAUCGGCCCGGGCGCCACGGCGGCUGAGGUGGUGAACGGCACGGGGCCGUCGCUGUUCGAGGGUGAGCCGCCGCUGCGGUUCGGGCAUGUGGUGGUGAUGGACGACGCGCUGACGGAGGGAUCAAACCCGGCGUCGAGGCCCGUGGGGCGCGCGCAGGGGAUGUACGUGUUCGCGUCCAUGCACGACCCGGCGUUGCUCUUGUGCAUGAAUGUGGUGCUCACGGCGGGGCCGUACUCCGGGAGCACCUUCACCGUGGUCGGCCGCGACAACAUGGUGAAGCCACUGCGAGAGCUGUCGGUGGUGGGCGGCACGGGGAGGUUCAGGAUGGCGACGGGGUACGUCCUCUGGAGGACGGCGAGCUGGCAGCAACGCAAGAACGCCGUCCUCGACCUGGACGUGUUUAUCCACGUCCAUGCCUACGCCCAUGCAUGAUGGACUCCGUUGAUCAUCUUAGACGUAGGCAUACUAUUCAUGCCCUUUCCGUUUUCCUUUUGACAUAUCAGUUUUAGUUUAAGUCAAACUUUAUAAAGUUUGACCAAAUAAUAAAAAGAAGUGGGACGGAGCACUAGCA